GGAAAUUAACGAAUGACCAGUGACAUGCGAGACCAAAAACGAAUGAUUGCCACACUUUUAAUAUCAUUUAUUGAAUGAGAUUUCAGUUAAAGGGAAGAUUCGAUUCAAAAUUAGGAAAGCCGCCACCAGUGGCGAGGCUACUGCAGUUAACGAGAAUAAAAUCUAAGUUUAUUCGGUGGCAAUUAGUCACAUCUUAAACAGUCAGCCAGUACCCUUCAUCUUCUAAUUGGCCUUUGCUAGUCUGUGCUGCUGCUGCUGUGAAUGUUGUUGUUGUUGGUGGUGGUGGUAGAAGAGGCAGUCUUCUUACCACGUCAAUACAACAGUAACGUUGGCAUUCUGUGAAAAAAAAAAAACAAUUGACAACGUGCUUGAUUUCAUUUAACAUCAUAUACUGACUAUUGUUAAUUCUUACACUGUCCACCAACUUUAACUCUUAUAUAUUUUCUUUGCAAAUUCUUUAAAUGAUUUCACGUUGAAUUCUUACACAUUACGCAGGGCUACCAGUAAUUCAUGUACCACAUUCCACUUUUUAUUUCUCCUUUUGAUCUUAAAGCUGUGAUUGCUGUAUCUUCAAAUGGCUUGCAGUGUUUCGGUAUCGGUCUGGACAAACCAUCCAUAUGCCCUAGUUUUUUUUAUGAUACCCUUUUAGCAUGUUCUACAUGUUCAUUUGGUUUGCUUUUUAUUAGGAUAUCCUCUAAAGAAACAAUAGCAAAAUCACAGUCACCCAGCAUUGUAACCAUUACUUGCGGAAAUAUGGAAGGAGCCACUUUUACACUAAAGGGAAGCCACUUAAAUUUAAAUAAGCCAGAGUGUGUAUUAAUGGCCAAUAAGUGGAGACUGCCGCACAGUAUGAAAAGACUUCGAAUAUCUGUGAGGUCGCUCAUAGUGUUUGUUUUGGUUGUGUUUGUUUUCUUUUUGUGGUUCACCGUUGACCCACAUGUGACCCACAGCCAUAAGCGCCUUAAUGCAUCAGCAGCUGAAGUUGACCUUCGUCUUAUUGUAAUCGUCUACGACAGAGCGGAAUCUCUGAAGAAGUGUCUGGAUUCUUUAAACCAUGUGGAUUAUUUAAGUGACACCGUACACAUCGAUGUUUGGAUCGACCGGUCGGUAAGUGGGGGAAUAGAUGAUUUGACUUACGUAGCUGCUCAGAGUUUUAUCUUUGACCAUGGCACUUAUGAAGUCCACGCUCACACCAAACAUGUAGGUAUAUAUGGUCAAUGGAUUGAUACUUGGCAUCCGAGGAAGGACUCGGAAGAAAUUGCUGUCAUCAUUGAAGAUGAUGUCAAUAUGUCACCAUUUUUCUAUCGGUAUCUGAAAGCUGCACAUAAAAAAUAUAAAAAUUAUGGCAGUAUAAAUGGAUUUGCUCUUCAGGGUAUAAGUAUAAAGCAUGGCGGUGGGACUGGAUAUUUAAGUGCUCCACAUGGCAAUUUAGUAUUUCUUUAUCCAAUCCUUGGCACCUGGGCAUUUUCUCCAAAAGUGAACAAUUGGCGUGCUUUUGUAGAAUGGUUUCACACUAACUCACCCAAUCCGAAAUUUAUUCCAAGAGUGCCAAAUAUUUUACCAACAAAAUGGUAUCAAAGGGGUAUGAAUAGGGGUGGGAAUAUAAACCCCAAAGUAUGGUCAAUGUGGCACAUUUAUUAUGCAUAUCUUAACAAAGAAGUGACGUUGUACAAAAACUCGCCAGACAAGAAAUCAUUUUCAAUCAAUCGAAAGGAGAAAGGACUUCAUUAUGGCACCAGUGAUAAAUCCUUAGAUCCUAUAAUUACCACAUGGAAUAAUUCCUAUAUCAAUUUUCCGGACAAACCUAUUAUUUUGAACAUCAGAGGAAAAGUAGCACAAAAUGUACAAUUAGCAUGGAAGCCCAAUUAAAGAGGUAGAUAAAACAACACAAACACAUAUUACUGGUAUUUUUAAAGUUUAAAAAUGGAAAAGAAAACAAGACAAAAACACAGAACAAACAAAAUAUAAACAAGAAACUGCUGUUCCAGGAAUCCUGCGUACUCCAAUAUUUUCUUUUUUAAAUUAACGAAUAUUUAAAAUAUUUUCAAAGUAUGGAUGAAGUGAGGACCCAAAUAUUGUUUCAUAAUUUUUGUGUGAAGAAGAAAGAAUUCCAUAACACUAUCUUCAUCUCUUUGAAAAAUUACUUAAUGGAAAAAUUCUUUCAGUAUAUUUUUUCACUGUAGGAACAAUCUAGAUGUUUCUGAUUUUAUUUUUUGAUAUUUUAACUGUUCACAUUAUGAAAUUUUAAUAAUUUUUUUCUUCACUUUUUUUUUGUAUGUGAUAUUUCUUUUGUUUUUGUUUU